AUGCAACAAACUAAAUUACCAUUCGGGCAUUACAAAGUACCAUAAGUCAAAGAAGAUUCUUAUAUUACUGGAUUAAAACUAGCAAACUCUUUAAAAGGUUCAGAAUUAAUACCAUUUAUACCAAUUAAUGGUAGACAAGUGAAGUAUUAUCAAUAAUAACUUAAAGUUUCUAUUAUUGUGGUCCAACUGUAUAUAGUAAUUCUCAUUUGGGUCAUGCAAGGUAUUAGUAAUCAAUUAUCUAACAAGAACCUAUUUAGGUAUUGAUGUAAUAAGAAGAACAUUGAGAGAUUAUUUUCACUAUGAUUUGCUGAGUGUUAUGAAUAUUACAGAUAUAGAUGAUAAGAUUAUUACAGGAGCCAAUGCUGCUAAACAAGAUUUUCUUGAAUUUACAAAAAUAUGGGAAAAAGAUUUCUUUGAUGCAAUGGAAGCUCUUAAUAUAGAACUACCUGAUGUUAUUACUAGAGUCAGUGAUUAUGUACCAGAGAUUGUUACCUUCAUUUAAAAAAUCAUUUCUAAUGGAUAUGCUUAUGAAAGUAACGGUAGUGUUUACUUUGAUGUUUAAAAAUAUAUAGCUGAUGGAGUAUAAAAUUAUAAUUUUAUUUUUUUAAAUAGCAUACUUAUCCAAAGAUGAGACCAGAAGUGAAUGCUGAAUUACUAUAAGAAGGAGAAGGUGAAUCCUAAUUAAAUAAGUAAUCUGAAAAGAAAAGUCCAUAUGAUUUUGCAUUAUGGAAAUCAAGUAAACCUGAAGAACCUAAAUGGUAAAGUCCUUGGGGAGAAGGUAGACCUGGAUGGCAUAUUGAAUGUUCUGUUAUGGCUAGUGCUAUUUUAGGAAAUCCUAUUGAUCUACAUGCUGGAGGUAUUGAUUUAUUAUUCCCACAUCAUGAUAAUUCUUUGGCAUAAGCUGAAGCAUGUUUUAAUUGUGAAUAAUGGAUCAAUUAUUUUAUACAUCUUGGACAUUUAAACAUUGCUGAUAGAAAAAUGUCAAAAUCCCUCAAAAAUUUUAUGACCAUUGAAGAGGUUCUCAAGAGAUAUACUCCAAGAUAAGUUCGUUUGAACUUUGCAAUUCAUUAAUAUGAUGCUCCUUAAAAUUAUUCAGAAGAACAAAUGGAAUAGGCAAUUGCAAAGGAUAAAUCUUAUUAAGAAUUUUUUUAAAAUACAAAAAUCUAUCUUAGAGAAUCCUAAGUAACUGAUGCUUAAAAGUGGACAGAAAAUGAUUUCUAAUUAAGUGCUUUACUUAGAUCUACUAAGCAGAUCAUUCAUUAAGCAUUAAUAAACAAUUUUGAUUUUCCUACAGUUGUAGAUGCCACAGAUAAAUUAAUAAAUUAGGUUAAUAUUUAGAUUGCAUCUAAAAAUGUCAGAGCACCACUUAUUAAUAGUGUUAUUAAUUAUGUCAACUUUAUUUUUGGAGUAAAUUAUUUUAUUAUAUUUUUUAGCUUUUGGGAAUUAAUUACUAAACAUUAUUAUCAAAUUAAAUAGAUAUUUAACCUUUGAUGGAAUAGGUUUGCUCAAUAAGAGAUAAAGUAAAGGUGGCAGCUAAAAAUAAUGAUUUUGAAUCUAUUAUAAAUGCAGUUACUUAAAAGUAAAUAUAAUAUGAGAAAAAUAUUUCAAACUACUUAGUAGAUGCAAUUAACCAAUUUUAAUAAGAAGUAUUGAUUGCAUCUCAAAAUAAAAAUAAAUAAUAAAUAUUUUAGAUAUGUGAUAAAUUAAGAGAUUAACAAUUAUUCGAUUUAGGGAUUAAAAUAGAAGACAAAGAUUAAGUAUUUUAUUUAUUAUUAUAAUUAAGUCUUCUAUUUGGAAAUAAUAUGAUAUUUAAGAAUUGAAAUUGGAAAAAUUAUAACAAUAGAUUCUACUUUAAUAAAAAGAAUAAUAGAGAAAAAAAGAAGAAUUAGAGAAACUUGAAAAAGCAAAAUUAAGUCCAAAAGAAUUCUUUUCUUAACAAACAGAUAAAUAUUUAGAAUUUGAUGAAAGUGGCCUUCCUAUUAAAGAUAAAGAUGGAAAUGAAUUAUCUAAAAAAUAAAAAAAGGUUGUUUAAGAGUUAUGGGAAAAAUAGAAUAAGUUAUAUACUUAAUAUUUAGAAUAAUAAAAAUAAUAGUAAUGA